AUGUCGAUUCAGCGUAAACGUGCGAAGAAUGGAGGAGAUAUCAGCGCUGAUCUGGAGGCUCUUCGGAUGGAAGAUCUAGACACCACUGUGCAGAACACUGUUUCUUCGCAACCCCAAAUGACCUACGCAAGCACUUUGAAGAACCCUGUCGAUCGCUACAGGAAAACUAUGACUGAAGAGUUCGAUUUCAAUGAUGAGGACUGUACCUACUCUCAAGGUAAACAUGGUCAGAACGUUUCAUUCUCUGCAAAAGUCCAUAAUAAGCUUGAUUUUGAUUGGAGAUGUGCUGUUGUUGUUAAAUUGAUGGGGAAACCCAACUCGACGAACACUUUUGACUUCAUGCUUAGAGGUCUCAGAAGAAAAUGGCAGGUGAAAGGAGGUUGGCAACUUAUUGACCUUCCUAAUGACUUCUAUAUUGUGAAAUUCAACCUGGAAGAAGAUAUGAACUAUGCUCUCUGUGGAGGACCAUGGAUCUUGGCUGGGCAAACCCUUAUUGUUAGAAAAUGGAGACCUGACUUUGACCCUAUGAAGGAAUUCAUUGGCAAAAUGGCUCUCUGGGUGAGAAUCUUUGGCCUACCUGUUAAAUUCUUCAAGGAUUUCACUGUCGCGAAAAUUGGUAAGAUCCUUGGGGAUGUGGUCAAAGUGGACAAACUCACUGUUGGUCAAGCUAGGGGACAAUUUGCUAGAGUGUGCAUUGAGGUUGAUCUUAGUAAGCCCCUGCGUCCAUUUGUUGAAGUGGAAUCCAUUGCUUAUCAAGUUGUCUAUGAAGGCAUUUCAUUGAUCUGUUUUGAGUGUGGAUGUUUUGGCCAUGCUAAAGACAAAUGCCCUACUCUUAAAGUCACCGAUAAUACUCAUUCCAAGCAACCAACUAUGAAUUAUGAUGAAGUGACUACUCAUGCCGCAAAUGUUGAGACUGAGGUGGUUGAUGUGAGUAUGCAGCAAUGUGUCCCUCAAAUUGAUGUGAUUAAAGAGGACAUGGGCCCAUGGAUGUUGAUGAGCUACAGAAACAAAAAGAAAAAUGGUGAUACUAGCAGUACUAUGAAAUCUUCUGCUGUUGGCUCUAGAUUUGCUGUGCUUCAAGAUGAGACUGUGGCUGAUUCUAAAUUGCCUGAAAAGACCAUUGAUGACAAUAAUAAUGGACAGUCCCCGACUAUUGUGAAAUUGUGGCAGAGUUUCCAAGAGAAAAAAAAAAAAGAAGAUCCCAAGCCCUACCAAAGACAAGCACGCCAAUACCCCUACUGGUGUCUCCUCUAG